GGCCACUGAUGUUUGCGAUUCUUGUGGCUAAUUAUUGUUGAAACCAUCAUUCAGAAAGUGAAAGUAAAGUUUAGAUGCUGGAGCUCAUACAGUGAAAAUGGAUUCAUCUGUAGAAGAACUUUAUUGUCCUGUUUGCUAUGAAACCUUCAAGGCUCCUGUUAUUUUAUCAUGUAGUCACAGUGUCUGUAAAGAGUGUCUUCAACAGUUCUGGAAAACCAAGAAAACUCAGGAGUGUCCUGUCUGCAGGAGAAGAUCCUCAAGAGAUGAUCCUCCGUGUAACCUUGUGCUAAAAAACUUGUGCGAGUCGAUCCCGAAGGAAAGAUAUCAGACUCAGAGACGUUUAUCAGGGACUGAGGAGGUCUGUAGUUUACAUGCUGAGAAACUCAAACUCUUCUGCCUGGAGGACAAAGAGCCUGCGUGUGUAGUGUGCUUUACUUCACAGAAACACAUUCAUCACACAGUCAGACCCAUUAGUGAAGUUGUUUCAUCAUAUAAGGAUGAGCUCAGGACAGAACUCAAGUCCUUACGAAGGAAGCUGAUACACAGAGAGAAUGGUAAAGAAGAGUGUGUAAAGACACUUCAACAAACAAAGUCUCAAGCUGAGCACACAGAGCUUCAGAUUAAACAGCAGUUUGAGAAGCUUCAUCAGUUUCUCAGAGAUGAAGAAGAAGCUACAAUCACUGCACUGAGAGAGGAAGAGGAGCAGAAGCAGCAGAUGAUGAAGGAGAAGCUGGAGGAGAUGAACAGACACAUCUCAGCUCUUUCACACACAAUCAAAGACACAGAGGAGAUGAUGAAAGCCAGCGAUGUCUGCUUUCUAAAGGAGUUUCCAGUCUCAAUGGAAAGAGUCCAGAUCUCACAGCCGGAUCCACAGAUGCCUUCUGGAGCUUUGAUUCAUGUGCCACGAUACUUGGGCAACCUGCCCUUCAGAGUCUGGAAGAAGAUGCAGGACAUUGUUCAAAACACUCCUGUGAUUCUGGAUCCAAACACUGCUCAUCCUUGGCACAUCCUGUCUGCUGAUCUGACCAGUGUGAGAGGCAGCUGGAACUGUCAACCGCUUCCUGAUAAUCCUGAGAGAUUUGACAUCUAUCCAUGUGUUCUGGGUUCAGAAGGUUUUAACUCAGGAACACACUGCUGGGAUGUGGAGGUUAAUGAGUGUCCAUACUGGUGUCUUGGAAUAACUACUGCAUCAAACCAAAGAAAGGGAUUUGUUUUCUUUAGGACUGGUGUCUGGAGUGUGCAGUACGGGCUCUUUGAAGCAGCUGGUUUUCCUGUAGAGAGUAGGCUUGAGCAUGUUAGAGUUGAUCUGGACUAUGACAGAGGAACUGUGUCAUUCUCUGAUCCUGUAACUAACACACAUCUACAUACAUUCACAACCACUUUCACUGACGCUGUCUUUCCAUUCUUCUGUUGUUAUGGAUUUUUUCCUCUGAGGAUCUUACCAUUCAGUGGUUUGUAAAUGUUACACCUGUAAGUCUGUAUCUUCCUGUGUUCACUGGAAGUGCAGUCAAAAACUCAAUGGGGUCAAUUGUUACAGUCAGAAAUAAGAAAUGAAGUAAAAAUGAAGAACUGUAAUAAUCUUGCCCUGCAAUAUAAUAACUGUACAUGUCUGUAUAUGUAUAUGUCCAGCUUCAUGUUCAACUAGCAGCUGCAACUUGCCACUUCUAUCAGCCAGAUGACCACUGCAUGUUCAUUGAAAUAUUACUUUUGGACAUUCAUUUGAUACUUGAGGUGGAUGUGCUUCCUUGCCGAGUCUGCUUCUUCUCAAGGUUUUUCUCUCCUCAUGCUGUAUUUUUUUUUUUUUUUUUUACCUUGUCACGGGACUCACAUUUAAUUUCUUUAAAUCUGUGAUAUUAAAACAUUCAUCACUGCAGCUGAUUAUUUGCUAUAAAAAAAUAGUAUCUACAUCAGCAGAACCCAUGUGCACUUUUAUUAGAGAAAAUAUUUUAUUAAAUAUUAAAGAAUAAAAAUAAAUACAAAUUAAAGAUUGACUUGACUAGAAAUGAGCAUGGACAAGGGAACAACUCAUCAACAGCAGUUACACAGAACAAAGCAAGACAGGAAGCAAUGGGAACAAGAGGGCCAUUUAGAUAAAAAGACCAAUGAUUAACCAGGUACACAAUCAAGACAGUAAACCAAUCACCAAACAGAACAGAACAGAGUAACAUGACAAAAUCAACCAAUGAAAAAAACACAUGAAACAAAGGAAGCACAUGAAAGGAUCACAUAAGGGCAUGGGAAACACAUACCAAACAGGAAACAUGACCAUGACCUUGAGUAGUGAACACACCCGGCAGUGGGCCGCCAUUUUUGCUGUGGAGCCCGGGGGUGGGUUAGGUUAGCAACUGGGGGGUUGGUGCCUUGCUCAAGGGAACCUCAGUCGUGGGUAUUGAGGGUUGAAGAUCAUGCUGUUAUAUUUUAUUGAUUAUAUGUCAUACCAAUAUUCAUUUGGUCCUUUUUUUGUCUUCCACACUGCAAAAAAAUGCUCUUCUUACUUAGAUUUUUUGUCUUGCUUCCAGCCAAAAUAUCAAACAGAAAACAAGAUUAUUUUGCUUACCCCAUUGGCAGAUUAUUUAGCUUGUUUCAA